UCUUUUAUGCCCCCUCCAAAUAAUGAGUCAUGAGUGCCACUCAGAGACGCAGACUUAAUGAAGAAUUCGAGUCCGAUGACUCGGCGAUACUAAACGAGCGAAUACUCCUACUUGUCUUUGAGUCGAUAAAAUGGGAUUUACAGGUCCUUUGUUUAGUUUCUUCAGUGAACCACAACCUUCGAGCUAUAGCAAAGCGGAUACUAUGGCGAAAGCUCUGCGUGUAUCGAGCGCCGCGCAUGGUUGCAGCAUUGGCAAACGGUGCCCCCAACGGAAGAAUUGGUGGCGGAUGGGAUGCUCUCGCGAAGCUCAUGUUUUUCUGCUGCGGAUGUGAGUCUACUCAUCAUUUCAAGGUGAGUCGGCCUAAUCCGGGUCAUUUCACCCCAGCUUCUCGGUUUUCCAAGACUUCGGGUCGGAGCUUCUUGGCGAAGAAGUGUCGGGGUGAUUUGUUGUUCAUAAGUGAUCCCUGCGAGCACCCAAUGGGAGUUGAAGAAGACCAUUUGGGGAUAUAUCGAGGGGUAUUUCGGGGAUUCAUGAGAUCCAAGACGAGAGCUUGCAUGAUCAGACGGCAAGUAGCGUUCGACGAGCUGGUGAGGUGUCCUUAUUGCGGGACUCGUGUCUGGAGCAUGACGGCGGCUCGGCUCGUUCCCAAGAGCGCGGCCAGACGGCUCGGCUCGGGCGACCGACGGGUGGAGUAUUUCGUUUGUGUGAACGGGCACUUGCAUGGGGCUUGCUGGCUCAUACCUCUGUCAGAUGAAGAUAUUUGCGACGAUGUGGAGGAAGACGACGACGGAGGCGAUGAUGAUUUGAGUGAAGAAGAUCUGGACGGAGAUAAUGAGAUCGGCGGUGACACGUGUAGCCAUCAGACGGUGACAAACGGAAGCACGAGUUCGUUAGGGGAAGAUGUUUUAGGAGGUGAAUCCAUCGAUUAAUUGCUACUAUUUGCUAAACUUGUAAGAGAGAGAAGUGGAUCAGAUUGUUGGUCUCCGUGAUUUUUCUGUCUUUUUUGUAUUGCAAAAUAUGACGUGUCGACGAGGUAUUGCGCCACGCGGCUUUGGUCAUCCUUUUAGAAAAUAGAAACUGAUUGUUGGGAAUCGAAAAUUGAUGAUGUG